UGUGACCGCAGCCCGCGGCAGAGCGGAGAUGGGGACCCAGCUCCAGCCGGCCCUCCCCUGGGCCCUGACCCUGCUGCUGGCGCUGGGGCUGUGCAGCCCGGAGGCUGGGGCCCACAGAGUCCCCCAGUGUGACUUCCAGGAGGGCUACUUUGAGCAGCUUCUGGACCACUUCAACUUCGAGAGGUUCGGCAACAAGACCUUCCUCCAGCGGUUCCUGGUGUCAGAGAAGUUCUGGAAAAGGGGCGAGGGGCCCAUAUUCUUCUACACGGGCAAUGAGGGCAACGUGUGGUCCUUCGCCAACAACUCGGGGUUCAUCCUGGAGCUGGCGGCACAGCAGGGGGCCCUGGUCGUCUUCGCGGAGCACCGGUACUACGGGAAGUCGCUCCCUUUCGGAGAGCGGUCCACACAGCGCGGGCACACGGAGUUGCUGACCGUGGAACAGGCCCUGGCCGACUUCGCGAGGCUGCUCAGCGCGCUGCGGCGGGACCUUGGGGCCCAGGACACCCCCGCCAUCGUGUUCGGGGGCAGCUACGGGGGGAUGCUCAGCGCCUACAUGAGGAUCAAGUACCCGCACCUCGUGGCUGGGGCGCUGGCAGCCAGUGCACCCGUCGUGGCUGUGGCCGGCCUCAGUGACUCCUACCAGUUCUUCCGGGAUGUCUCGGCGGACUUUGAAGGCCAGAGUCCCAAGUGUGCCCGGGGCGUGCGGGACGCAUUCCGGCAGAUCAAGGACUUGUUCAUACAGGGAGCUUAUGACACGGUCAGCCAGGAGUUCGGCACCUGCCAGCCCCUCUCCAGCCAGAAGGACCUGACCCAGCUCUUCGGGUUUGCCCGCAACGCCUUCACGGUGCUGGCCAUGAUGGACUACCCGUACCCCACCGACUUCAUAGGGCACCUUCCUGCCAACCCGGUCAAGGUUGGCUGUGACCGGCUCCUGAGCGAGACCCGGAGGAUCAAGGGGCUCCGAGCGCUGGCUGGGCUGGUGUACAACUCCUCGGGCACGGAGCCCUGCUAUGACAUCUACCGACAGUACCAGGCCUGCGCGGACCCCACAGGCUGCGGCUCGGGCCCUGACGCCAAGGCCUGGGAUUACCAGGCCUGCACCGAGAUCAACCUGACCUUUUCCAGCAACAACGUGACCGACCUCUUCCCCGACCUGCCGUUCACGGAGGGCCUCCGCCAGCGGUACUGCCUGGACACGUGGGGCGUGUGGCCCCGGAGGGACUGGCUGCGGAUCAGCUUCGGGGCGGGAGACCUCAAAGCUGCCAGCAACAUCAUCUUCUCCAACGGUGACCUGGACCCCUGGGCAGGGGGCGGGAUACAGAGAAACCUCAGCACCUCUGUCCUCGCUGUCACCAUCCGGGGGGGAGCCCACCACCUAGACCUCAGAGCGUCUCACCCACGAGACCCCACGUCUGUCCGGGAGGCUCGCAGGCUCGAGGCCAGGCUCAUCGGCGAGUGGGUGGCCGCAGCCAGAAGAGAACAGCGGCUGCAGCUGGCCCAGCGUGGGGGACUCGGGGGGGCUGAGGAGCGCUCCCCGACUCGGGACCGGACAGGCCCGCUGGGGAGCAGCUCAGGGCGCUGGGGGUGAGGGGCUAAGGCCAAGGGAGGGGCCAAAGAAGCAUCUGGUGGCCUGGCUGUGCACAGCACAGCGCAAAGCAUGGUGUCUGUGGUCCUCAUGGGGUGACAGACCGGGCACACUGCCACACCUCUCAAACCAGCCUCGUGUUUAAUAAAACAAAGCCCUCAA